AUGGAAGAAAAAAUAAUUUCAAGUUUAACAAUUUAUCAAGAAACAUUACUUCGUACAAUGAAAAGGUCAACCGACACAUCGCUGAAAACAUUACGUAAAACAAGUUCAUUUAUGGGAUUUCUAAACAAAACAUUUCACUGUAGCGAGCGAUUUGAAUCAUUAAAACCCAAAGAUACAGAGAUGGGAAUUAAAGGAUACUGGUUAGGACCAGUCAAGUAUAAAAAAAAAACAAGUGAGGCCACGAUAUUAUAUUUUCACGGAGGAGGGUACGUUACGUCAACAUCAUUGAUUGCCAUAAAUUCAUUAUGCUAUUUGUUAAAAACUUUACGUAAACGGUAUGAUAAACACGUUAGAGUAUUAGCAAUUGAUUAUUCACUUGCGCCAGAAGAAUCAUUUCCUAUCGGAUUGAAUUGUGCCGAGAGAGCUUACGAUUGGUUGGUUAAAAGUGGUAUCGCAGGUAGUAAAAACGUAUUUUUAUGCGGGGAUUCCGCCGGAGGUGGCUUAAUCUUGGCGUUAUUACAAAAAUUACAUAUAGGUACAAAUGAUAAUAUACCAUUACCACUUGGAGGAUUAUUAAUAUCACCAUGGGUGGACUUAACAUGUGACACGUCAUCAUUCUUUACCAAUGCCAAAUUUGAUUGGCCAUCGGAACAUUUGGGACAAUUCGCAGAAAGUUAUAUCUUUGGUGAGGAAGGAAAUCCGGCGCAUAAAGACGAUCCAUUAUGGCAACAACGAAAUGAGAAAGAUAAAAUUAUGGAAUGGUUAUCAAAAGUUGAAGAUAAUUUUGAUUUAGAUGUAGAAAAUAUCUGGAAAAGGUUAAGCAGUAACAUAAAUAAUGAUAAAACGAGAAAAAGAUUAUCCCAUCUUCGUGAUAGUUUUAUUAGUAUCAAGUCUGACGAUCUUUUAAAAAAACGUGAUCCUUUAGUCGAAGAAGAGGCAACAAAUGAGAAUCAAACAAAGGAAACAAAGGAUGAUAAAGUAGAGUUAACGGAUAUGAAAGAAAGUCCUUAUCGAAAUCCUUUGAUCAGUCCAUUACAUACUCCUCAUCAUAUUUUGGCAAAAUUUCCACCGUUAUUAGUUACAUACGGUGGUAAAGAAUUAUUUAAAGAUGAUAUUGAAAUGUUUAUUCGAAAAGUUAUCGAAUCAAAAAAACUUUACAAUCCAACUCCUGUUCCAACUUCAGACAUUAUCGCAAGUACGUUCUUUGAUAGUAAAAAUCUUAACAUUAAUAAUUCAUUGGAUGGACGGCAUCCUGAUGUUGUCGUUGAGAUGGAUGAAGACAUGGUUCAUGCUUAUCCCAUUUUAAAAUUUGCAUUUGGUAAACAUUCAAGAAGGGCUAUUGAACGAAUGGCUUACUUUAUUGCAAACAGAAUUCCUUUACCGAAACCUAUUCGUUCUCGUCAAUCAAAUGCAACAUCUUGCACUUCUGAUAGUGAAAAACUUGAUAUCUCCACCAUCCCUAAUUCUAGAAAAUUACCUAAAGCUGAUUUAAAUCGAUUUAGUAGCAUUAUUGCUACCAUUAUUGAAUGA